UUUGCUCAGUCCGUUGAGACCUCACACACACACACUCUCUGAUCAUUCAACUUUUCGAAAAUUUUGCUUCAUCGUCACUCUGUUGAAUUCCCCAAAAAAUGCCUCUCUCUCUCCGUCUUUCUCCUUCUCCGACGGCUUUAGCUCCGACCACCGGAGGAUUUGGUCCAUCGAGGAAACAGUGCCGGAUUCCUUACUCCGGCGUCGCGACGACGAAGAUUGGUGUCUGUUCUUUGGAUAAUGGGAAAAGAGGAGAUUCAUCUGUGGUUAGGUGUAGCUUAGAAACCGUGAAUGUUAGUGUUGGUCAAGUUACGGAGGUCGAUAAGGACACGUUCUGGCCCAUCGUUAAAGCCGCCGGUGAAAAGAUUGUCGUACUUGACAUGUACACUCAAUGGUGUGGUCCAUGUAAAGUGAUUGCUCCUAAAUACAAAGCUUUAUCAGAGAAGUACGAGGACGUUGUGUUUCUAAAGCUUGACUGCAAACCUGAUAACCGGCCAUUGGCAAAGGAGCUAGGAAUAAGAGUGGUUCCAACUUUCAAGAUAUUGAAGGACAACAAGGUCAUCAAGGAAGUGACCGGUGCGAAAUACGAUGAUCUGGUUGCAGCGAUUGAAACAGCGAGGUCUGUUGGUUCGGGAUAAACCAAUCCCAUUAUAUGUCUUUACCAUAACUGGUUGUAUGUAAUGGAAAAUCUGAAUGAUGUUAUCCCUAUAGGUGAUGAGGAAACGUCAGCAAGAGAUUAUGUUGUAUGUGUAAAUGUUUCAAGAUAUAUGAUCAAGAAAAAGAUUUAUGUUUA